ACCGUCUUCUUCACUACUUCACCUUCAUCUUCACAAACAAACCCUAUAUCACCAGCUUCGUCUCCAUUGAAGGAGCAAGCAACAAUGGCGCAUUCACUGCUGCCAAUGGCCGCCACUUGCUUACUACUACUCACAUUCCUUCCUUCUUCCUCAGAGGCUCACAACAUCACCAAGAUCUUAGCCCAGCACCCAGAGUUCUCCACCUUCAACCACUACCUCACCAUCACUCACCUCGCAACCGAGAUCGACCGCCGCCUCACCAUCACUGUCCUCGCCGUCGACAACUCCGGCAUGUCCUCCAUCCUCGCCAAACACUUCACUCUCCCCACCCUCAAGAACGUCCUCCGUCUCCACAUCCUCGUCGACUACUACGGCGCUAAGAAACUCCACCAACUCACCGGCGGUUCCGCCACCGCUUCCUCCAUGUUUCAAGCCACAGGUGACGCUCCCGGUACCUCCGGCUACGUCAACAUCUCCGACCACCACGGUGGCAAGGUCUCCUUCUCCGCCAUCGACGACGCCGAGGGUGACGCCCCUGCGACCCCUUCUUCAAUGUUCGUCAAAUCCAUCAAAGAAAUGCCUUACAACAUCUCAAUCAUCCAGAUCUCCGCCCCUCUGACCUCCCCCAUCGCUGAAGCUCCGGCCGCCGCCCCAGCUCCGAUCAACAUCACCGAAUCCAUGAAGAAGAAGGGAUGCGGCCUCUUCGCGGAUCUCCUCCUCUCCACCCCCGACGUCGAGAAGACCUUCGAAUCCAACGUCGACGGCGGCCUCACCAUCUUCUGCCCCAUCGACUCCGCCGUCAAAUCAUUCAUGCCUAAAUUCAAAAACCUCACCUCUGAAGCCAAGCAAUCUCUCCUCCUUUUCCAUGGCUACCCCGUCUACAACUCCCUCCAGGGUCUCAAAACCAACAACGGCCUCGUCCCCACUCUCGCCACCGACGGAGGCGGCAAGAGCUUCCGAUUCACCAUCCAGACCGAAGGCGCGGAUAUCACUCUCAAGACCAAGGCCAUCACCGCCACCAUCAAAUCCACCAUCAUCGACCAAGAUCCAUGCGCCAUUUACACCAUUGAUAAGGUUCUUGAGCCUCAUGAGUUGUUCAAGGAGGUGCAAACCGACGCUCCGGCACCGGCGCCGGCUCAUGCCGCUAAAUCACAUAAGGGUAAGAAUGCCGCCUCCCCACCGGCUCCCGCCGAUGGCCCUGACUCUGCUCCAGCUGAUGAUAAGGCCGCCGAUGACAAUGCCGGUAUCGUCCUCAGCUCCGGCCGCUUCCUCACCGCCACCGCCGCCGUCCUCGUUGUGUUGAUGGUUUAGGUUUUCCUUUUUUUUUUUCCUUUUUGUUUUUUUUUUAUUUUUAAAAAAAUGGGGAAAAUGAGAAGUUAUUGAUUUCAUGGAAAAUAAAAAGAGGUGAUGAGUGACGUCAUCUCUUUACAUUUCA